AAACACACUUAGUUGCCCUCAUUUUGAAGAAAAUCGAUCCUUCUAUUUCUCUGUAAUAACUUCUCUUCAGCCUUCACCAAACGAAACCUAAACCAUUUCUCCCAAGUUAUUCUCAGAUCAAUUAACCAUGAAAGGACUGGAUAUUUUCUGUGCUUCUCCAGCUUCCACAGCCAUUUGCUCUAGCAUGGAACAACAUGCCAUGGUCCGCCUAGGCCCCGCACCCGUUGAUCAUCCUCAUCCUCAUCAUCGUCUUCAUGAUCGACCCAAAAACCAGCCUCACAAUCAAACUCACCAUCACCAUGUCCCUUGCUCAUCUCAGCUACCAAUUGAUCCCAAACCAUUUUAUGAGAAAUGCAGGAAGAGUUUUUCUAGUGCACAAACUCAGGUACGUAGAAAAAGCUCUGCUGACAUUCAUGACUUAACAAGGGCUAGGAGCCUCAAUGGUUCUUCUUCUUCUCGGUAUCUUUUAAGCGACUCGCCCUUCGUCGGCUGGUUAUCGGAGGCCGAUCGGAAUGUUUCUGCUAAUACAAUAUUGCUCCCUCCCCAAGUGCCCUCUAAGCCUAGACGGUUGAUGACCUCAAAUGAUCACUCUCCUGCUUUAAGGUCUUCUUCCACUCGUUCUCGUCAUCAGGUUGUUGUUUUGAGGGUGUCACUUCAUUGCAAGGGUUGUGAAGGAAAAGUGAGAAAGCAUCUUUCUAAAAUGGAAGGAGUGACUUCAUUUAGUAUAGAUUUUCCAACCAAAAAGGUCACAGUCAUUGGAGAUGUUACCCCAUUAGGUGUGCUCUCUAGUGUCUCCAAGGUGAAGAAAGCUCAGCUCUGGCCUUCUCCAACAACAUCAUCACCAUCCUCUCGAUGGUCAGCAUGAAUUCACAAAUAAAUGAACUCAGUUUUUUUUUUCCUCUUUUCUUGUUGUUAAUUAUAUUCUCUGCCAAAUUUGAAAUU